CCUGUCUUCCACUUUGAAGUCAUGGUUCGCCCGCUUGGGAAAGCACCGCGUCGAGGAGUCACAGCGAGCGGGCACCCGCGCAACCUGCCGCCACCGCUGAUCCAGCUCAUCGCAACAUUUCUUCCUGUGGAUUCGUUCUUCGUUUACCUGCGUGCGUUUCAAUCGACGCAUUCUCUGGGCGACCUUCGGCACUUCUGGUCUUUGGUCAACACGCACCAUGUCACCGCCAACGACGUGUGGCCUGAGCUUCACUUGCGCUCUGUCGACGCUGCAAAUGCGAAUAAGUUGUACCGAAUGGCCCAGUUCGUGUCGAUGGUACACAUCCAUGAUAAUGUGUACGACUUGGAUUGGCUGUGGCGAGUCGUUCCAGCGGGCAAAGCAGUCGCGUUGCAGUCCUGGCCGUGCGACGAUCAAGUGACCAUCCCGAUCCACGAAUGGGGUGAUCGACUGGCCAAGCGCUGGAGAGUACUGCAACUGUCGUUUACUGAGCGUGAUCUGUCUGGCGGAGGUGGCGGCGACAACCUGGUGGCGCUUUUGCCGAAGCUUCCGUGGCUACGUGAUUUGAAUCUCGAAGAAUUGAAUGACGAGUUCUUGGACGAUGCGCUAGAGUUUGUAUGCAACUCAAAGCUGACCAGCUUAGCCAUGGGCACGUUCUCGAAUCCUGUAGCGAUCACGGUCGAGCGAGCACUUCUAUUGACGGUCUGGCUUAAGCGCAAACGCGUCGAGUCCGUCACGUUGAGUUACUGCUCCUUUGAAUUGGACAACCACGUCGCGACGAUGCAUCGGUUUGUUGUCGCGUUGGCGAGGAGCUCCCUCAAGUCCCUCACCUUGUCCAACAUUGCCUUUGGUGCCAUUUUGACCGGCUUGGGUGAAUGUCCUAUACUGGCGAACCGUGUAAAACUCGAGAGCUCGGAGCUUACGGAUCAUCAGGCGGAGCUGCUUUUCGCAGGGCUGGCCAGAGGCAGCACGACGAAUCUCCACUUGGACGACAUGCGAUUGACAUGCCGCGGCAUGUUUGCUUUGGGGGAGUUGAUUCGAAUCGGGAAGUCGCUGCGUACCCUCACGAUUGAAGGCACGCUGAUGGACCUGGAAGGGUGGGAUGCCGUGGCGAAGGCCUUGUCCCGGUCCAAGAACGUACAGGAGCUCUACCUUCUCGAUACCUGCAUGAGAGAUGCCGAUGUCGUCCUGAUCGCCAACGCGCUUGUCCUGGCGGCUUGCGUGCGAGUUGUUCAUGUGAUUGGAAACCCCAUUCAGUUUGCAGGAGCGGUUGCACUCGUUCUGUGCAUCGGCCGCCGACGCCAAAACUUGGACGAGCUCAAGUUAGAAGGACUUGCCGUUACCAGUGACGAAGUCUCUUUGCUCAAGUCGAUGCUAGAUAAAAUGCCAAGCGUCAAGCGGUGCUCGGUGACUGCGAACGAUGUCAUGCGCGUGUCGAUGCAAGCGUAGGUGACGAAAGUGUGUGUGAUUUAGAGUGUUAAUCACUCCUGUGUUCCAAACCCA